AUGGAUUCGUUUCUCAUCAGGAAGAAGCGCAAGCCGAGUUCAGCCCCGAAAAAGCAGGACGAUGGCAGCGACGACGAACCGACAGAGGUAAAAUUGGCGAUGCUCUCAUCUCUUCACCUAGGCGUUGAUCAAGAGGUACUGUUGGACGUCCUUCUGGCGCACAAUGGUUCUGUAGCAGAAUCACUCGAAGCUCUGCAGACAGCAAUCCCCGCUAAGAAAUCGAGUGGUAUUACGGGCACGCAGAGCUCGCUUCGGCGAUUCGCCAUGAAGUUGGAAGACAACGACGGAGGUUCCGGCUUGCCAGCCAAGAAGAAGCUCAUGUCCAAGAAAGGGGCCACGCUUCACCUUUACGACCCGGCAGACAUCGCCGAACACACGCCCUGUACCGUCAUCCACAAUUUCCUACCGCCGGAGGAUGCGAACGACCUCUUGCGAGAACUCAUGGCGGAGGCCAAGUCUUUUGACAGAAACGUAACGUUCAAGCUCUUUGACAACGUCGUGGCCAGUCCGCACACGUCGAGCUUCUACGUUGAGAGCUACGACGAGAUCCAGGCGCAGAAGACAGACUAUCUUUACAACGGCGCCAAGCUCAGCGAUGUCCGCCGCAUCACGCCCCAACUCGUCAAGGUCAAGCCUCGCGUCGCCAAGAUUGUGAACGAGGAGAUCCAGACGAGGAUCAGGACCCGUUAUCCAGGGGGGGAGAAGCUGCCGUUCCAGUCCCCGAAACCCUGGACUCCCAACUCGGCGUUUGUCAACUGCUACGACGGACCGCAGGAGAACGUCGGGUGGCACAGCGACCAACUGACGUACCUCGGCCCCCGCGCCGUCAUCGGGUCGAUUUCGUUGGGCGUCGCGCGGGAGUUUCGUGUGCGACGUAUUGUUCCCAAGGAUGGGGGCGGCAACAACACGGCCGAGGACGCCGAUGCCGAGGGCCAGAUCUCAAUUCACCUGCCGCACAACUCGCUGCUGGUGAUGCACGCCGAGAUGCAGGAGGAGUGGAAGCACAGCAUCGCGCCGGCGCAGUCGAUCGACCCGCACCCCGUGGCUGGGAACAAGCGCAUCAACAUCACCUACCGCGACUACAGGGCCAAGAUGCACCCGCGCUACACGCCAAAGUGCAACUGCGAGGUCCCCUGCGUGUUGAGGGUUGUGCAAAAGAAGAGGGAGAACCACGGGAAAUAUUUUUGGAUGUGCCACGGCGGCAAUGUGCCCGGCAAGGACAGCUGUUCCUUCUUCCAGUGGGCGCACUUCGACGACGAUGGCAAUCCUAUUUGGACUCAUACGAGCCGUAAACCCAAGGCUUAG